AGUCUCGGAAAUAUGACUUCUGUGCACAAAUGCGCGCUAACCGUCCAGUCGUGCAGGCAUUCGGCCGCCCUGCUGCCCCAAACAGCGUUCUCGAGGGCACACACGCCUCUAUAUGAAGACCUCCCUAAUGCACUACAUAGGGAGUAGGGAGCCAUUUGAGACAGCCGCAGUGACGCGCUGCUGGUGGCCGCUUACACGGCUGCCUGCGCAAAUUCCGAGGGAAAACACACUCUUAAAAAUAUUUAAGAGCCGUUAUAAACGUACCGCAUCCGCUCUAAACUUUGUCCCGUCUAUCUUAAGAACAAUCACAAACUUGUACGUUUUCACUCAUUUUAUUUCCGUGUGAAACCGGUUCCACUGGCACGGAGCUCAGGCGUUAGACAGGAUGAAACUCGGCAUCUCACAUGGAAAGAGUGGCGAGAUGAGCCAGGUGGUGCCCGUAAUAGACGUGCAAAAUGACAAUUUUAAGGAGCUUUGGCCUUCAAUGGUGCUCGCCUUUAAAACGUCCUCCUUCAUUGCGCUGGACACGGAACUGAGCGGUCUUGGCGCGAGGAAAGCGCUUCUCGCUGAGUCAGUUGAAGAUCGUUAUAAAGCGAUAUGCCAUGCCGCUCGCACACGCUCAGUACUGUCCCUGGGGAUGGCUUGUUACAAGAAACUUAGUGACAAAGCCGACAGCACGUACCUGGUUCAAGUUUACAACCUGACGCUGUUGUGCUCAGAGGAGUACAUUAUUGAACCUCAGUCAGUGCAGUUCCUAGUGCAGCAUGGCUUCGACUUUAACAAACAGUAUGCUCAAGGUGUUCCCUACAACAAGGGCAAUGAUAAAGGAGGAGAUGCCCACGGGGUGAAUAUGCGCACCUUAUUUGUGGAGCUCCUGAGGGCCAACAAGCCUCUGGUGGUCCAUAACGGCCUGAUUGACAUGGUGUUCCUGUACCAGUGCUUCUACGCCCAUCUGCCUGAAAGGCUGGGUACGUUUAUAGCAGACCUGUCGCAGAUGUUCCCCGCCGGCAUUUACGACACCAAGUAUGCGACAGAGUAUGAGCUGCGCUUCACCGCCUCCUACCUGGAGUACGCUUAUAAAAAGUGUAAGUUGGACAAUGCCAGAUCCAUUGAGGCUGGGAAGGAUGGACCUUGUUUGCUCUUGGAGUUUUGUAAUUACACCGGGCGCCUGCAGAGCUACGUAGACUACAGGCCUUGCUUGGACAGCCAGAGUCAUGAUGGCACCCUGAACAUCUGCAUUCAGUUCUCUGCUUACGGAUGGUGUGCUAACGGCUCUCAGUGCCCCAUGUCGCACGACACGGACCUCAUCAUUCAGCAAGACGAGAAAACCAAAGAGGACAAAAAGAAAAAGAGGAAGCGCAGGAAGAAACAGAAGGCUGCCCGGGAAGUGGAGGAGGACGGUUUGCCUGGAGAGAAGAGAGCUCAUCUGGAGGACAUGGACCAGGAGCAGGAGGAUCGGGAUGCAGUGGUAACCACCUGUGAAACCACGGCAACAGCAUCUGUGCACCAGCAAACCAGUGGAGAGGUGACAAAGGUGACCUGUGUUAAUGACUCCGGUAGUAUAGAAGGGACUGAGAAUGGGAGCGGCGUCCCUCCAGCACAGGACUCGGCUACAGACGAUGGCGGAAAUGCACAACAGACGUCUAAAGGCUUCACCGGAGCCCGGGAGAGAAAGAUGGAGGGAGGAACCCACAGAGCCGGAUUCGAUGCCUUCAUGACUGGUUACAUUUUUGCUUUUGCCAGCGUUUUGAAGUCAGAUGAAUCUGCUGCUCAGGCUGGAUUAUGUGGGUGUGUGAACAAACUGUAUCUAAGCGGCAAGUCAGUCCCGCUUCACGUGGUCAAAAGCACCUUCUCGAAGUCCUCCAAGGCUCAUGUGCACAAAAUGGAGCAAGUCUGGGGAAAAAGCACUGUCAAAGCAGAUGGAGCUGAUGCAUAAAGAAGUGUUUUUAAUUUUGGGGUAAAUAAAGAAGCACAUUUGAUUUAUUAA